UCAAUUAUUUCCCCUCCCUCUGCCCUGUGGACCUGACAGAUCCUCGCAAAUUUGAAACUUUUUUUUCCCCCUCCUUUUCUUCCUCCCGGAAUCAAGUUUCAUACUCGGCCGAGAAAGGGUUCGGUCUGUCCCUGCGCCGGCCGUCGCAUGUUUAAUCACCCGCUGGAACCCAGUCCUUUAAAGCCGUCCGGAGGAAGCGGAAAGCUUCUUGGGGGGAAAAAGUUGCGAGGAGUUGGCUGGUCGUUGCGGCCGUCCGCGGUUUGAGGAAACCAGGUAAAGCAAACAGAGAUUUCAGCGCAACAAAGAGGCUGGUUAAUACGUAAAGAGACAAUGGAUGUCUUCAACACCAAAAGCCUAGCCAUGCAGGCACAGAAGAAACUACUAGGGAAAAUGGCCAACAAAAGCGUGGCCAAUAUCUUCAUCGAUGACACGAGCAGUGACGUCUUGGAUGAACUCUACCAAGUGACCAAGGAUUAUACUAAAAACAAGAAGGAAGCCCAGAAGGUCAUCAAAAACCUGAUCAAGGUGGUGAUAAAACUCGGGGUUCUCUAUAGGAACAACCAGUUCAAUGCAGAGGAGUUGGUGCUGGUGGAGAAGUUCCGCAAGAAAGUUCACCAGUUAGCUAUGACAGCCGUCAGUUUCUACCAGAUUGACUUCACCUUCGACAGGCGGGUCCUGGCAGGCAUCUUGAACGAAUGCAGGGAAUUGCUGCACCAAGCCAUCAACCGGCACCUGACAUCCAAGUCCCACGGGCGUGUCAACCACAUCUUCAACCAUUUUGCAGACUGUGAGUUUCUAGCCACAUUGUACGGUCCCACAGAGCCCUACCGCACACACGUGCAGAAGCUUUGUGAAGGGAUUAACAAAAUGUUGGAAGACGGAAGCAUUUGAUUGCUGCAUUUCCAAGAAUGACUGAGUGGGUUUACUGUGAGAGCGAGGACUUUGCUGGCAGGGAGGGUGGAGGGGGUUGUGGGAACGGGUGGGGGGGGGAAAUAAAUUGUUUUGGUGAGUUGCUUUUCCCACCUCUGGUAGAUUAAUCUGCCAGGAUUUAUUGCUGAAAUAUUUUACUGUGGGCAGUCACUUAGUGUACUGUAAGUCACGUCCACCCAAGCCUAGUGACAGAAUAAUACUCACUAAAGGUAUGGACAUUGUUCUUUGAAAGGUGCAGAUUGAAUCCAAAGCCUUUGCCUAGAUAAUGAGGCUACUUUUCACAAACGCUAAAUAAGCCUUGCCAUCUAGUUCAUCCCUUUGAGAGUCUGCUAAAUUGUAUGGGUUUCCUAUUCUAACUUCCAAGCCCAAGUAGCCUUUGCCAUUGGGGUAUCCGGUAAUAAGAGGUUUAAUCUGGGUUACGGUAGGACAGGAUAUGAAACCUGGGACACCAGGCAAAAGUCGUGAAGGCAGGUUCAGACUCAACGACGCUGCCCCUAUAACCAUUAGCACAUGAUACGCACAUUGCCUCUGUGUUUGAGUGAGAUAUCUUCAGCCUUUGAGAAAGAAAGAUGGAAACUUGGUGGGGGAGUGAUUUUGAGAAGGAGGAAGAGUGAACGUAAAGCAAGUCCAUUAAUAACUUGAAUCCAACAUAAACCAUUAGAAUCAUUCUAUAACUGCAAAGACUUGGCCUUGAGCUUAUAAAAACACUGAUUUGGAACGUUUAGCCUGGAGCCACAAAUUGGGCUGAACUCAAAAUGGACCUGUCAGCUUUAUUUUCUAUCGGUAAUGUCAAAGGAUUAUAUACCAUAUACAUUUGAUGAAGUGCAAUGCUAUAAAUGGCUCAGUGGGAUUUCCUUGGGAUUUGAGACCACCAAGUUUCUGGUUCUGUUUAUGUGUGAUUGCCUUCUGCCUUCUGCAGUGGGAGCUAUUCUAAAUCCAAAACGUGUGUCUUUGUGAAGUGUGUUGUAUUGGCUUUAAAACUAAAGGAUUGCUAUCUAUCUUAAUGUGAAAUAUCUUCUAUUGUGGUUUUAUUUUUGUUUCAUCUGUGCUUUAAUUGUUUGUAUUGUUGGUCGUGUUUUUUUAAAAAUUGUAAAUUCCAUUAAUCCCUCAACCACGAUUUAGCUGCUGGCACUGAGAAUAACUGGGUCAUGAGAUAAUAAAGGGAGCUACGCCCUAACAGGUUUUCUUCAGUUGCUGCUCCAUUGAACUGCGGCAGAUUUGUUCUUGCUGACUCUCCAGAGGAAUAAAUAUGAACCAGAGAUCAUACUGUUGAUCACAGCCAGUGGGCCAGAUGACAGGGUCGGUCUGAUCUGUGAUGGCCACGUGAUUGAGUAGCCUCUCGGCACUACUUCUCGUUUCUUUUCCACACUUGAAACCAGCCGAGUGGUAAUGCAGAGGUCACAAUCGCACUAUCUAAGCUCCGGGCAUAUUGCUGAUCUGUGAGAGCAGUGGAUGAGACCACAAAUCCUUUGCCAAGUAAGGAAGCAGAAUUAGUCCCAGAGGUAUAUGCCAACUUAGCGUGUUGCUGGGAGUGCAUUAGCAAAAAUGAUUGGUCAUUACAGGGGAAGUGAUAGCUGCUCAGGCUGUGUAUGAAUCUAAAUGAAGUUAUUGCUAUGGGUAAUAUUGAUUCAAAAGAAGCUUCACCUUUGAAUUGGAAUUGUCUAAACCUUUAUCUUUCCUGAUUUCAUUCUUGUAAAGGGCUGUGUGGAAUCUGAAAUGCAUUACGGAGUGAGUUGUGGGUCUGUAUCUGUAAUUCCUCCACACUGAGUAAUGGAUUUCAUUGGAAGUGGAUAGCUAGUUCUCCAGGGCACAGGGAGAACAGCAAUCAAUAUAGCCAUUCCCACUGGGUGGGUGCCCUUUGCCAUCUGCAUGAGGGCUGGAAUAACCCAUUGCCAUUCUUCUGAAGAGCCAGAACAAAAGGGAGACCUGUAAUCCACUGCCCCAUUCCACACAGGGCAGGCUGUGAAUAAAUCACGGCAGAAGAAAGACAGUCUGAAAGACUGCCUCCAGCACUGUGCUGGAAAUGGGAAUCCUUCAGGAAACUCAAUCUACUGGGACUGGGGCAACAAAGGGCUGAUUUCAAAAGUUUGGUCCACUGAAUCAAUAACUAAUGUAUAUUUUAAUUAUGUACAGUUCUUCCAAAUAUUGGGAAGAAUUAUCUUGAUAUGGAAACACAAGCAUUAUUUUAUUCUAUGUGCUCAAGAAAGAAACUGACUUUUGAGACAUUUUUAUAAUACAUCUGUGGUUUAAAAAAUAAAUGCUGAAUAACACAAACUGAGAACUUUGUCUGAUGAUGUGGCAUAACUUUGGAAGGAUGAUGAAGGUUGGAAUCAAAUGACAGCAUUAUAUUCACAAAACUUCCAGAGGAAAUACCCAGAGCUACAGACAUAGGGUAUUUAUUCAAACUUUAUCAGCUAGAGCGGGGGUCGGCAACCCGCGGCUCCGGAGCCGCAUGUGGCUCUUUUACGUCUGUGCUGCGGCUCCCUGUUGCUUUGGGAAAUAAUUGGUUGUGGCGACCCUUUUCCUGGCACAUCCGAACCGACUCACAAUUAGAUAG